AUGAAGCUAAUAUUGCUGUUGCUGCUAUGUAUUACACUAACUUAUACAAAUACGAACGCCCAGAGUCGUGCAAAGCUAGAUGAUAAGAUACAACAUCUAACAGAUUUCACAGCAAAGACAUCGAUCAUACCGCUAAAUGUGAACAGGUUUAAGGAAUAUGUGAAAUCUCCUCCGAGGGACUAUUCUUUCAUAGUGAUGUUUACUGCUAUGGCACCAUCACGUCGUUGCGCUAUAUGCCAGCACGUAUUCGACGAGUAUUUACUAGUGGCGAACUCUUUCCGGUACUCCCAGUCAUAUACAAACAAACUUUUCUUUGGAAUGGUUGAUUUCGAUGAUGGAUCAGACAUUUUCCAAAUGCUAAGACUGAAUACUGCACCAGUGAUCAUGCAUUUCCCUGCCAAGGGAAAGCCCAAACCUGCUGAUUCAAUGGACUUUGAAAGAGCAGGUAUUCAUGCAGAAGCUAUCGCAAAGUGGAUCAAUGAUAGAACUGAUGUGCAGAUUAAAGUGUUCCGCCCACCCAAUUACUCUGGGGCAGUGGCGUUUACCCUCCUUGCUGUGCUAGUUGCAUCCUUCUUUUACAUGCGUCGGAAUAACCUUGAAUUUCUGUACAAUAAACAAAUGUGGGCUGUUGCUGCUCUUUUCUUCUGUUUUGCCAUGGUGUCAGGCCAGAUGUGGAACCAGAUAAGAGGUCCACCAUUCUAUCACAGAACCAAGAACGGUCCAGUUUAUAUUAACAGUGGAUCCCAUGGCCAGUUUGUUUUGGAAAGUUACAUUGUGGCUGCAUUAAAUGCCGCCGUCGUAGUAGGAAUGAUACUGAUGAUAGAGGCGUCGGGAGGAGUAAAAGGGACAGAGGUUAAAACUGCCCAAGAAGGAAAGAAGCGUAGAUUCCAGUCUGCUGUGGGGUUAUUACUUGUGUGUGUGUUCUUCUCUCUUCUACUGUCAGUGUUUAGGUCUAAAACCCAGGGAUAUCCUUACAGUUUUCUUUUCAAGUGA